AUGUUUAAUUUAUAUUCUUAAAGAGGCUCUAUAAUCGAAAAAGAUAGAAUUAAAUCCUAAGGGAACACAUUAAAUGUUCCUAGAACUGAUUCAUUGCUUACUGAUUAAAAACAUAAGGGUUGUUUACAGAGAAUAAAUAUUCUUAUUUAAGAAUUAGAUAGAAUGUCAGAAGCUUAAAAGAUGGCUAAUUUAGAGAUUUAGCAUUUACAAAAAGAAAUAGAGAAAUUGUAGAGAGGCGGAAAUUAAUUAAAUCAAUUGAGUACAUUAGAUGAAUAAGGAAAAGAGGAAGAAUUACGAUUAGAAAAAUAAAAAUUUCAUUAAUAUAAACAACUUAAAGAACAAUAAAUUAUUGAAUUAGAAAAUGAUCUUAUAAAAACACAUAAAGAAUUAAAGGAAGAAAAAUUAAUAAGAUUAGAUUUAAAUCACCGCUUUGAGAUUAAAUGUUAAGAGGUUGAAAGAUUGAAACAAGAAAUUGAGAAAUUAUAAAUCUAAUCAAAUUCAAUAAAUAAUGGUGGAAUAUUAAAUUAAUUACAUGGAGAUUUGAUUCAAUUUUAAAAUGAAAAUAAAGAAUUAAAACAAAUUAAUAUAAAAUAAUAAUCUUAAAUAGAUAAAUUACUUGAAGGUUCAAAGAUUAAUCAAUAAAUAAAUUAAUAAUAUUAUGAAACAUAAAAAAUUACAUAAUAGUCUUUAGAAGAAGCAUUAUUUCCAUCAACUAAAAUAAAUCCUAUAAAGAAAAUGAAUAGAGCAUUGACUAUUUAACCUAUUGAACCAUAUUAUAAUAAGAGUCUUUAUCAAUCAAAUAGAUUAUCAAUAAAUUAUCCAUAAUAAUAAUUUAAAAUUGAAAAUAAUGAACAAGAAUAAGAAAAUGAUAAUUCUUAUGAACAUUAAUAUCAUUCUAAUACAAAAAGAAAGGAGUAUUCAAAUAAUAAUUGCAAAGUAUUUGAAGAUACAUAAAGAACUAUAAGCAAAUAAUAUAAUUAAUUUUGA